ACGAUUAAAUCACAGAGUGAAUUGAUUAGAAAGCUUCAAGAUCGCUUAAAACUAAAGUUUGAAAUAGAAGAAGAGAAUAUAUCAGAACCGCUAACUAACAUUAUUCAUAAUAUAGUUGAUGAAGUUAAAAAUCAAAAACAUGAAGAUAUAUCAAAUAUAAUUUUGAAGAAGCUAAUUCGGGUACAAAGUGAAAAACUGAAAGGAGUACGGUAUCAUCUUAUCAAAGGUCCUGCUGCAUACAAAGAAAUGAAAUCUAUUAUUAGGUUGCUAUCAUUAUCAACACUCAAAAGCUAUAUAAAUGAAACAAAUCAACAUACAGGUUGGCAAGACAAAGCAGUGAAGCAAAUGAUAGCUA